UAAUAUUUUCUCAAUUGGAAGUUUUUCUUUGCUUGAAUUUCUUUUAUUUGUGUUUUUCUUAUCAACAAAAAUGGUUAUUCAAGAUAACAGUGGCUUGUACCUACAAUGAUUGUGAUUGGCGUCGGAAUUGCAAGGCCGCCGCCGGCGCAGUUGAAGUUGCAGAUUUGUUGUGCGUUGAGCAAGCAAGGCGACCGUUUUCUCCGGUCCCUGGUUGUUACCUCCCCCAACCACGACCUCCAUCGCUUGCUUCGGAAGUUCGUCUCCUCCUCUUCCAAAAACGUUGCUAUUACCACUCUUUCCCAUCUCCUCUCCCCCACCACCACCGCUACCCACCCUCGCCUCUCAUCCUUCGCCCUCCCUUUGUACUUGGUGAUAACUGAGGCCUCGUGGUUCGAUUGGAAUCCUAAGCUAGUAGCAGACCUCAUCGCUCUGUUGCACAAGCAGCAACGAUUUGAUGAAGCUGGAACCCUAGUUGCGGAAACAGUCUCCAAAUUAAGCCCCCGGAAGCGCGAUUUAUGUAGCUUCUACUGUCACCUAAUCGAUUCCCAAUCCAAACACAAGUUACGGGAAGGAGUUUUCGAGAGUUACGCCCAAUUGAAGCAGUUGCUUCUUUCAGGCUCCUCCUCGGCUUACUUGAAGCGACGUGGAUAUGAAUCCAUGAUCAAAGCCAUGUGUGAGGUUGGAUUACCUUUUGAAGCUGAGGAGAUGAUGGAGGAAAUGAGAGGUGUAGGCCUCAAGCCAUCCAAGUUCGAGUUUCGUUGUCUGGUUUAUGGAUACGGAAAAAUUGGCCUCUUUGGAGAGAUGAAGAGGAUUGUGGAUCAAGUGGAGGGAGAAGGAUUCCCGCCAGACACCAUUAUUUCAAAUAUGGUUCUCUCCUCCUUUGGAGCUCACAAAGAGUUGGCAGAAAUGUGCUGUUGGCUUCAAAAGAUGAAAGCUUCAGGCAUUGCGAUUUCAAUUAGGACUUACAAUUCAGUCCUGAAUUCAUGCCCUAAAUUAAACCUAAUGCUGCGCGACAUGAAGAAUAUGCCUCUUUCACUUGAAGAGUUAGCGGAGGAUCUGAGUGGGGACGAACGUUCACUAGUUCUCCACCUGGUUGAUGCAUCAUCAAUAUCAGUUAUGGAGUGGAAGGCGUCGGAAUUGAAGUUAGAUCUGCAUGGAAUGCAUUUAUGCUCUGCAUAUUUGAUUAUGUUACAGUGGUUCGACGAGCUUGGAUCAAAAUGUGAUUACGAGCUUCCAAACGAGAUUAGGGUAGUAUGUGGGUCAGGAAAGCACAGCGCUGUUAGAGGGAAAUCUCCCGUGAAAGAUUUGGUGAAGAAAAUGAUAGUGCAGAUGAAGUGUCCGCUUAGGAAUGAUGACAAAAAUAUUGGAUGCUUUGUUGCCAAAGGGAACGUUCUCAAAGAGUGGAUGAUGCAAUAUCAUAUGAAGCCAGCCAACCUCUCCUCUUGAAUUGGAUUUUCAUCAUUUUUCUCACAAUAACACCAUUGGCAGUUGAAACAUGAUAACAAAAUUGAUGCUACAUUUCUUUGUAUUGGGGUAUUUUCUGGAUCUAUGGCUGACAUGGUUAAACAAAAUUGAAGACUGCAACAAAUCCAACCACUUCUCCACAUCCACGUCUGCACUUGAUCCAACCACCAAUUCUUGCUGCCAAUUUACAUCAAAUCAGAGUACUUUAGUUGAAAAAUCAUCACUGAAUUUUUUUUAUUAAGGCUGAAAGAGAAGCUGACAAAUCAACCAUACCAGCUUGUCCAAUUUCUCCAGAUUGCCGGUUACCAACAAGUGAGCUGCGAGGGCAAUUGCUAACUAGACAAGUUGAUCAGAACUCGAGGUCAAUGGUGGGUGGGCUCUAUUCUGUUGAAUCUCCCACACACUGCACAGGAGGGGAAGCAACAAUGCUGUUAAGCACCAUGUAAAAACACCCCUGCACAGGAGAGGAAGCAAGAGGAUGGAAAUUACCAUGUUAAACUCCUCUAAGCAUAUAUGAUGAUUAAAGAAUAACUGCAGGUUAUAAUACCAGUUGUUUGCCUCUGUGCAUACUUUGUUAUCAUGGACCAAAACUUGUUACUGACAACCAAAAACUCACAGAUGGAUGUGAGUUAAUGAGAAAUCUGAAUACUAGUCCAGUAACCUCAAAACCAAGGCAUCCACCAUAUGUACAUUUUUCCAAGAUUUUUGUGCGACACUGCUUCAGCAAUCAAGCGCCGAGCUUGUCCUUCUACUGCUAGAGGCAAAGAAGGUGCAGCUCCAACACCAACUACUACUCCUUGUAAGCGUGCUUCAAUGUUGCUGAUUGCCCUCUGCAUUUUGAGGAAAGACGAUUGUCAAAAGUAUUUCCAUUAACACUUACAUAUUCAAUCAUCAUUAACUAUGUAUUCAAUUUUAUGUGAAGCCAAAGUUGCAUAUAA